GUCAAUGAGAUAGGACGUCUUCGAUCUGGAAUUUUCCACCAGGUUUUGGCUCCAGCUAUCUCGAUAUUUUAUGUCAUUUGAAAUGUUGACAGAAAUUGAAAAACGCGGAAUUGAGUCGAUUUUGAAGAAACCGCCGAUAGAUGACCUGAUAACGUUGACUAAAGGAAAAAAAACGGCGAAAAAUUCCUUUGAAGAAGUCGUCGCAUGUAUCAUAAGUAACAGCGAUACACCUAAAAGUUUCCUUAAUAGACCGAAAAUAGUACGAAACUACUUGUGUCUAUACCUACAGGAGAAUGCAAUUGUGGUACCUCCUGCGUUCAAAAAAGAUCAAAUGGUGAAUGAAAUACUGAAAUUAUGGAAAUCAGAUUUAACAGACAGUCCGGAUUGUUUAAUGACUGCCAAAGAAAGUGAUCAACAGAAUCAAACAAUUGUAAAAGAAAAAAUAAAGAAGUCGCCGAAGAAAACACAAUCAGUUCCUGUUAAUCCUGCUUCGAAGACUGGCGAAGAAAGUAAUCAACAGAUUCAACCAACUGUAAAAGAAAAAAUAAAGAAGGUGCCGAAGAAAACAGAAUCUGUUCCUGUUAAUCCUGAUAUUUCUACACCAAAGAAGAUUAAGAAAUUGAAGUCUGGCGAAGAAAGUGGUCAACCGAAUCAAACAAUUAUAAAAGAAAAAAAAAAGAAGCUGUAUAACAAACCCAGACAUACUGCCACCACCACUUCAUCACAAUCAACAGCUCUUAACGUAAAUGUAAAUGUAGUACAAGGUAAUCAAAGUAUAAUUGAGGGUUUGACUAAAACUUUGCCAGGUCCAGACAAUCCAGUACCAGUAUGUCAAAACAAAGAAAGUAGUUUUCAGAUAAACCAACCAACCAGUGAUAAAUUCAUCACCAAUAGUUCAUCUGCUACUGGUCAGGAAUUUGCAGAAUCAUUUGUCAAAUGGUUUUAUAAAAUGAUCAAUUCACAAAAUCCUUCCUUGAAAGAAACUCCUGAGGAUUUCAGUCUUUUACACUUUUGGAAUGAUAUAAGCUUACAGCUGUCCACGAGAAACAGUAAUUUUACAGAAACGACGGAACAAUUUGAAGGAAUUGAAAUGGUUUCUCGUAAACUUUUAGGCUUUACAAAAGAAGAAUUAUAUUUGUUUAUUCCAAAUGUAAGUGCUGAAGGGGUUAGAUCAAAGAUGGGUCCACACGGUCAGUUAGGUAUUUCUGUUUGUGGAAUGGUUAAUCGAAUGAAGGUCUUUUUAGGGAUAUUUGAGCAAGACUUUGGACUAAUAAGUUAUCCAGGUUUUCAAAAUAACUUUAAAAUAAAAAGGACUGCAUUGAGGCUUCGUGAUUCAAAUAUUCCAACUAUGCCUAAGUUAGAAGAAGGCAAAGAUUUGUUGGCAAUAACUCGCUAGUCUAAUAAUUGAUUAGUGCUACAGUAAUAUUAUGACCAACAUUUCUCCAAUUAUCUUGUAUACAUAGUAGAAUAUUUUCUUUUAGCCACUAUUUUACUAAUACUUCAAAAAUAUGUUAUAGGUCAAGGCCGCAGAUCCCCCUAAAUUUUCACUGCCUCGUCCCCCCCAGAAAAAUGCAUCGAUAAAAUUUCAAAAGUCUUAUUUUCAGCCCGGGAAAUGGUCUCAGAUAACAUUUUGAGGCAUCCUAAUUUUAAAAAAUCUUCCGUGGAAGGCACCAAGACCCCCACUAAAUUCGCGCCUGUAGCGCAUGUGGCGUAUGCCUUCGCCCGCCGUACUCUGUCAGCGUCUCCCAAAACUUGAGUCCUAUUUUCAGGCUGAGGAUAUUUCCCCUUGGUUCAAAAAUGAUCUCUUCAUGACGUCAGCAGCUUAUGCUCAGAGCUGGCCACUUGAGAAAUUAUUCAUCACAUUUUCAUCCGUUACCGGCAAUAUAGUAGCCUACCUAUAUCCCUAUAUUGCGAGGACUUCUUUGAUUAAUCAGUCCAUAUCAUCUGUGGUUUACUGUUUAUAUUUUUAAAGUUUAAUAAUAAAUAUUUUUAACUUUUGUAAUAUUCUCCCUCAAUAACGACAAUUUAUUCUCGGUAUGUUCAUCUCUGCAGAAUGCUCAGAAAUGAUAGCGUUUUCAGGCAUCCUGCUUUUAAAAUUUUCUGGAGGAGGACCCCCAGACCCCCAACAGAACAGUUCGCGCCUGUGGCGCGAGCCAUUUGUCAGGCUCCGUCCCCCCCUAAAAUUUAUUAAGAUCUGCAGCCAUGUAUAGGGUAUAUAUGUUUAUAUCUUUAUGCGGUAAUUGGUAAAUGUAAAUAGAUAAAUUUAUUUUAAUGCUUCAUUAUACUUAUUUGAUCUUUUUUCUAGUAUUAAUUAGAAUGUCUUACUUAUAUAUAAUCUAAUGACUCUUUCACAUUUCUAAACUUAUUAUUGGUAUCUUUUCAUUUUUUUUAUACGCCCAUAUCGAAAUGUGUUUUUUUUAUUUCUGCCGCCCUCGUCCAUGCGUACGUCCGUCGUCCACAAUUUCUUGUGAACACUCUAGAGACUACAUUUGUCAUCCGAUUGUUUUGAAAUUGAUAUAUGUUGUUACACCAGUGACAUGAAGAAUCCCAUUUAAUUUUUAGUAAUUUCUGAUAGUUUCUUCCGGAGUUAUGGCCAUUGUGAACACUUCAACGACGCAGCUCAUACUCUGGUUCGAUCGCUCGUUUUUUUAAGAUUACACUAUUGCAAUAGCUUGUUAUCUGGAAUAUCCCACAAACUGAUAUCAAAACUCCAAACAGUUCAAAAUACUGCAGCCUGAAUCAUCAGUCCCACUCAAAAAAAAUGCCAGCACUCAAAAAAAAAAAUGCAUUGCCUGCCAAUUAAAUUAAGAAUAGAAUUAAAGCCUUCCUAUCUAGGCUAGAUAGGAAGGCUUUACUGGCAGAUCUUUUAUUACCAUUACAACUGAACAUAAACGCCAUUCAAAACUAACUUAAAAACUCGUCCAUUUACGGCCUAUUAUGACACCCAGACUGGGUAGCGCCUUGAGCAUGCAUACUAGCAUGGAACUGUGCGCGGUAGAAAUGUACAAAUUAUUAUUAUCAUUAUAAAAAUUAUCAUCCGAUCUGUAUUAAAUUUAUAUACACAAUGUAAAUUAGUGAAACGAAGAAGUCUAUUGAAUUUCAAAUAAUUACUUCUAGAGUUAUCAUGCUUGUUUAACUUCGUUGAACCUUGUGAACGCUCGAAUGAUAAAGUUAUCCGAUUUGAAUGAAAUUUAUCUGCACUAUUGAAAUUAGUGACACAAAGAAGCCUGUUGAAUUUCAACAAUUUCUGUAAAUUACUUUCUGAGUUAAGGCCCUUGUUUGUGUUUGUAGAACCUUGUGAAACCUCAAAUGACAAACAUUAUGAUCUGAUCUGUAUGAAAUUGUCUUGUAAAUGCUCCAAAUUACCUACAAGUGAACAAAUAUGCAACAACCCUUGUCGACCGCGCAGGAGACUUAGCUGCUUCGGGCACAUGUUUCGUUGCCUGGCAACCUAUUUUUGUGUCUGUGUAUGAAUUGAUGUCAGCUGUAAAUAAACUUUUGUCGUCAA